GACUACUUUGAUUUCUUACACUUUCGUCCCUUUUUGUUUUUGUUAAUUCCAUUUACUAGUUUUUAGAUCCUUUCUUCUCUUGUUCUCUCUCUUCUCCUCUCCACGGCUUCCUUUCAACACACCGCUCUCAAACACAAAACAACAACCAACCAAGAACCCACAGACACACCCUUCCUUCUUCCUCAAUCUUCCGCCUUCUCUAAUGGCUGUAACUGAACCAUAAAGAGUUCUCCUCUCAAAGCUUCUAGCUUUAAGCUUCUUCGACUGAGCUCUCUAAUGGAUAUGCUCACCACCUUCUUCUUCUUUUUUUCCAUUUUACUUCUUUCUGAGACUUCUCUCUCUUCUUCUUCUUCAACUUCUGCAACCAACCCGGAUGCUCAACAGUUGAUCAACUUCAAACUUGCUUUACCGGACCCUUCUGUGUUGAAAGACUGGCAGCAAAAUAAGAACCCAUGUAGCUUCCGUGGCGUAAAAUGCAAUGAAACGAGAGUUUCUUCAAUAGACCUCACUUCCCUCCAUUUAAACACUGAUUUUCACCUUGUUGCUUCCCAUCUUUUGACUCUUGAAAAUCUCCAAACUCUUUCAUUGCAGAACACCAAUCUUUCAGGCUCCAUUUCUCUCCCUCCUCGAUCCAAGUGCAGCUCAUAUCUGACCUCCAUAGAUCUAUCUUACAACAGCUUAUCAGGGCCUCUUUCCGUUUUGUCCAACUUGGGUUCUUGUUCUGGCUUGAAAAGUGUCAAUCUUUCAAGCAACAAUCUUGAUUUUUCAGGGAAAGAGACUGGUGGGUUGAAGCUCAGUUUGCAGUCUCUUGAUCUUUCUUACAAUAAGAUUUCAGGCCUCAAUGUUGUUCCAUGGAUUGUCUACAAUGGUUGUGAGGACUUACAGUUGCUAGCUUUGAAGGGUAACAAAAUUACAGGAGAGAUAAAUGUGUCUAAGUGCAAAAAUUUAAAGUUCUUGGAUGUUUCUGCGAACAAUAUCUCAGUAACUGUGCCUGCUUUUGGUGAUUGUUUAGCAUUGGAACACCUUGAUAUCUCAGCAAACAAAUUCAAUUUUGAUAUUGUUCAUACAAUCUCUCCUUGUAAAAAGCUCACUUUCUUGAACAUUUCUAGCAACCAAUUUGGAGGUCAAGUUCCUGUACUCCCUUCAGCAGAAAAUUUGCAGUAUUUUCUUCUGGGAAACAAUCUUUUUCAAGGAGAGAUUCCUAUGCAACUAGCUGACUCUUGUUCAAGUCUUGUCAAGCUCGAUCUUUCUUUGAAUAAUUUGUCCGGUACGGUUCCGAGUAGCUUCAGGUCUUGCUCUUCAUUGGCCUCUCUUGAUAUUUCUUCCAACAAAUUAUCAGGUGAAUUGCCUGUCGACACUUUCUUGCAAAUGAGUAGCUUGAAGGAGCUUGUUUUAUUUUUUAACGAUUUCUCUGGUAUACUUCCUGAAUCCUUGUCAAAACUCACCAAUUUGGAGACUUUAGAUCUGAGUUCAAAUAAUUUCUCAGGCUCUAUUCCUUCAAAUCUGUGCGAAAAUACCGGAAGUAACUUGAAAGAGUUGUAUCUUGCUAACAAUUUGCUCACUGGUUCAAUUCCUGCAAGUCUCAGUAACUGUUCACUGCUUGUUUCUCUCCAUUUGAGCUUCAAUUCUCUCUCUGGAACUAUCCCUUCUAGCUUGGGGGCUUUGUCCAAGCUGCAGGAUUUGAAGCUUUGGUUGAAUAAUCUCUAUGGGGAGAUCCCACAGGAGCUUGGUAACAUUCCAACAUUGCAGACAUUGAUCCUUGACUUCAACCAGUUGUCGGGACCGAUGCCUUCUGGUUUAAGCAACUGCACCGAUUUGACUUGGAUCUCAUUGUCGAAUAACCAUUUGAGUGGCGAGAUUCCGCGGUGGAUUGGCACCCUUUCGAACCUUGCGAUUCUCAAGCUCAGUAACAACUCCUUUUAUGGUAGCAUUCCACCGGAGCUUGGUGAUUGUAGGAGCUUGAUUUGGUUGGAUCUUAAUACCAAUAACUUAAAUGGAUCCAUUCCUCCUGCAUUGUUCAAACAAUCUGGGAAAAUUGCAGUGAAUUUCAUUGCGGGGAAGAAAUUUGUGUACAUUAAGAAUGAUGGCAGUAAGGAGUGCCAUGGAGCAGGAAAUUUGCUUGAGUUUGCAGGAAUUAGACAGGAACAGUUGAACAGAAUUUCAGUGGGGAAUCCCUGUAACUUCACUAGAGUGUAUAAUGGUCUCACUCAGCCCACAUUUAACAACAAUGGAUCGAUGAUGUUUUUUGAUAUUUCAUACAAUAUGUUGACAGGAACCAUUCCAAAGGAGAUAGGCACCAUGUCAAAUCUCUAUGUCUUGAAUUUGGGGCAUAACUCUUUUUCGGGUACUAUUCCGUCGGAGCUUGGAAGCUUAACGCGUCUUAGCAUUCUUGACCUCUCAAGCAAUAAACUUGAAGGGACAAUUCCAAAAUCAAUGAGUUUUCUCAGUUUUCUUUCUGAGGUUGAUCUGUCAAACAACCAUCUCAGUGGAAUGAUUCCUGAAGGUGGACAGCUCGAAACUUUUCCACCUUGGAAGUUUGUCAACAAUUCAGGCCUUUGUGGAUUGCCUCUUCCUCUAUGUGGGAAAGAUGUGGAGGCAAGUGCGAAGUCUCAGCAUAAGAAGUCAGACAGGAGACUGGCUACUCUUCUGCGGAGCAUUGCAAUGGGGUUGUUGUUCUCCCUCUUCUGCAUCAUCGGUUUGAUCAUAGUUGGUCUGGAAAUGAAGAAACGGAGGAAAAAGAAAGAUUCUACUCUUGAUGUUUAUAUAGACAGUCACUCACAUUCUGGUACUGCAGACACUAGUUGGAAGCUAACUGGUGCUCGUGAAGCAUUAAGCAUUAAUCUUGCUACAUUUGAGAAGCCCCUAAGGAAGCUUACCUUUGCAGAUCUUCUUGAAGCCACCAAUGGCUUCCACAAUGAUAGUCUUAUAGGCUCCGGUGGUUUCGGUGAUGUCUACAAGGCUCAACUGAAAGAUGGUAGCAUUGUAGCCAUCAAGAAACUCAAACAUAUCAGUGGACAAGGUGAUCGUGAAUUCACAGCUGAAAUGGAAACUAUUGGGAAAAUCAAGCACCGGAACCUUGUACCUCUCUUGGGCUAUUGCAAGGUAGGAGAUGAGCGGCUUCUGGUUUACGAGUACAUGAGGUAUGGAAGUUUAGAAGAUGUUUUACAUGAUCAGAAGAAAGCUGGGAUCAAGCUAAACUGGGCUGCAAGGAGGAAAAUUGCAAUUGGAGCUGCAAGAGGGCUGGCUUUCCUUCACCGCAGUUGCAACCCACUCAUUAUACACAGAGACAUGAAAUCGAGUAAUGUCCUACUCGAUGAACACCUCGAAGCCAGAGUGUCCGAUUUUGGAAUGGCUAGACUUAUGAGUGCAAUGGAUACACAUCUAAGCGUCAGCACACUAGCAGGCACACCUGGUUAUGUCCCUCCUGAGUACUACCAAAGCUUUAGAUGUUCAGCCAAAGGCGAUGUUUACAGUUAUGGUGUAGUUUUGCUCGAGUUGCUGACAGGAAAAAGGCCAACAGAUUCAGCAGAUUUUGGUGACAAUAACCUUGUUGGAUGGGUGAAGCAGCACGCAAAACUCAAAAUAAGCAACGUUUUUGAUCCAGAACUAAUGAAAGAAGAUUCAAGCGUUGAGAUUGAGCUUCUUCAACACUUGCGGGUAGCGUGUGCAUGCUUAGAGGAUCGACCACGGAAACGACCAACAAUGAUUCAGGUUAUGGCAAUGUUCAAGGAGAUUCAAGCUGGUUCCGGGCUUGACUCACAAUCCACCAUUGCCACUGAUGAUGGUGGUUUCAGUACAGAUGAAAUGGUCGACAUGACCAUAAGCGAAGCCCCUGAACUAAGCAAUAAUGCAUAGAACAAACAAACCACGUUUGAAUGCGAAUUCCAGCAAUUUUCAACUAGAAUUCUUUGAAGCGAAGAAAGAGGGUGGUAUGGUAAUAGUUCCAUUCAGCUGCCUCAAAAAUUUGCCCUCUUCCUUCCCACUUGAAAAAAAGAACUCAAAAAUGUGGCAUGAAAAUUUGCCUUUGUAUCUCUACUAGUUUAAUGUAUGUAUCUCUUGUAUCCCUUCUAAAAUUUGUUAUUUAUACAUGAAAUGUUGUUUAACUUUGCCAUAAAAUGCAUAAAUGUACAAUGCCAAUUUGUCUUCUUAAGUUGGUUUCUUGAUUAAA